AUGGCCGAAGCUGCAGGCUUGUCACUAAGUGUUGUGUCUGUCGCCACCCUUUUCUCUGCCUUUUUCGAUACUGUCCAGCGGAUUAGGCAGUUGAGGGGCUCCAGUGGCGACGUGAAGGAGGCUACUGAGGCCCUGGAUGUUGAGCAGAAGAGACUGCUAUGGAUUCGUGACAAGUACAAGACAGACCAGCUGGAGGAAGCUGAGCCGAUGCUUGCAGUGAUGCUGAACCUCAUCGUCAAGGAGCUCAACAUCAUUACUGCUGUCAUUGACAAGUACGAGAGCCAAACUUCUUCAGGAGAAUGGACAAAAUCGAAGGUUAUCAGACCGAUCGCAUGGAUUACGAAAGACAAGACCGAAGUGGCCGGGCGGUUGUCAAAGCUGCAUUCAUGGGUAGAUUCCCUUUGCAGCUUGGCUGCGAGCGAGUCGGAGCGACUGGCCCGCGACUAUUUAGUGAGGGCGGAAGCCGUUUCGACUUGUGACGAUGAGAACCUCGAACGACUGGAAAGCCUGAAUACAGAUUUGUAUGCAGACAUUUCCAAAGCUGCACGAGUGAAACGCUUGCUCCUGCGCUCUGCAGAAAAUUCCACGAUAAAAGAGGGAGCAACAAAACCCGCGCACCUUGUGCCGUUCGAGUCUAUACAAUGGCUGCAAGCUGACGGCCAGAACAGCAGCCUGGAGGGGCUAUGGUCUAUGGGGAAGUGUCGGCUGAGCUCGAGAGGUAAAUCGGACAUUCCAAUCCUAGUCGAGUGGAGGGAUGCUUUUAUGGAUGGCCGCCAGCAGUCGACUGAGGCACGACUGGACGGCCUUCAUGACCUUCUGCAUGCCAUGUACACCGCGGAAGCUGAUAGCACGGAACUCGCAUCACGGUCUGAAUCCAAGCGGCAGGUGGACUUCGGCGUUCUUGAGUGCCUCGGAUGGACUCGGACCUCAGUCAGCUACGAUAGACUCGGUCUCGUCUUUAAGCUACCUACUCAGCACUUGCCACGGCCCAAGUCCCUGAAUUCUGUCAUCGAGAUCUCACGUCAACAGAAAAAGCAGGCGCCGCCACUUGGUAAACGUUUUGACAUGGCAUUCGGCGUCGCCAGCGCCAUGGCCAAUAUCGUUGCCGUCGGCUGGUUGCACCGCGCAGUCCGAAGUGAGAACAUGCUGAGCCUUGACGGUCAGAGCUCACGCGUCUUCCUCAUUGGAUUCACUUACUCCCGCCCCGAUGGCCCUUCCCAAGAGUUCUCCAACUUGCCUCAGCAGCCGGAUUGGGAGCGUUAUCGCCCCAUGAAGGCUAGCCCGCGCCGCUCAGAGGACGGCAAUAGCUCUGACGAUGAAGACAACCAAGGUGACGGGCCUGACUCGAAGACAGAGACAUCAACUUUCGGAACCGCUGCCGCAGACAUGUACGGCCUCGGAGUCGUGCUGAUCGAGAUCGGCUUAUGGAGGACCGCAAGAUCCUUAGCCAAGGACGCCAAUCAGUUCCGGACCAGCCGCAUGAAGGAGUUUUUCGAGCAGCUGUCGCCUCGGUGCGGUGACGUAUACUGUGACGUGAUCAGGAGGUGUUUGGACGGACGUCACUGGGGCACUGAUAAGCUGAAGGAGAAUCUGGCCGAUCUUCUCGCGGACCUGAAGAGUUGCCAUGCGUAG